UCAAUAACGCUUCUGCCUUAACACACACUGCUGGAGCACAACGCUAACCUGAUGGACGCACAGCCGCUAUCCAACAGGCUACAGGGGUUGAGGUCCAAAAGUCGGAUGAGGAGGAUGUCUGUGGCACUUAAUAAGGGAAUCUCUAAAGCCGAUUUCAGAGAAUGCUCAGCGCGUCUCUGGCGGCUCUUUCCUCACCUUCUGCUGUGUCUGCUUCUCGUUGCAUACGCAUUGCUCGGUGCGUUCAUGUUCGAGAAAAUCGAAGGAGGAGACGAGUCUACCCAGCAGGACUACAAGGAGUUCCUGGGCGAGGUAGUCAGCAUCGCCCAGAACUGCACAAAUAACAACUGCACACAACUGAAGAAUAAGAUGAAAGAGUUCAAGUCCAUAUGGCUCCAGAGUCCUGAGAGAUGGAAUUUUUCUGGCUCCUUGUUCUUUUGCUGCACUGUAUUCACAACUGUGGGUUAUGGGGAGAUCUAUCCAGUUACCCUGCUUGGUAAGUUGGCAUGUGUCUUUUAUGCCAUGUUCGGCAUCCCUCUCAUGCUUCUGGUCAUUCUCGAUGUGGGAGACUUCCUUGCUGUACUGAUGUCCAGAGCGUACCUCCACAUUCACUCCCUCUGCAAAAUCCUUCACUCCCACACCUGGUCACCACGGAAGGCUCGGAAGAGGGCAGUGGAAUCAAGUCACCAGGCCCUGGACGAUGGCACCUUUGUUUUCAGCCAUGACAUUGUGGUCCGUGAACCCCUAGACAUCCGGCAGGUGCUGCAUAGCCAGGCGGAUGUACGACACAAGUCCAUCCAGCUUCAAAACAACAAAGAGAUCUUUGAGAAGAUUCUUGCCAGGGAGAAUUUACUCAGAAAGGGUCCACUGCUCAGGACCUUCUCCUGCCCAGAACUAGAACAGCUGCCACCACCAUCGAAAGGAUAUGACAUAUGGGAUUUCACAGGGUUAGGGGAUGGAAUGGAAACACUGGAUGUACCCUGUUUGCUUAUUCUUUUAAUUGUGUUUGCCUACAUUGUGUUUGGUGGCCUGUUUCUGCCACUGUGGGAAACUGAAUUCAAGGGCUUUGACCCUUAUUACUUCUGCUUCAUCACGCUCACUACCAUCGGUUUUGGUGACAUUGUACCCAAACACCCCAAGUACUUCAUGCUUACCUCACUCUUUAUAAUUGUUGGCAUGGCCAUCAUGUCCAUGGCUUUUAAGCUAAGUCAGACACGAUUUCUGAGCGCCUACCGCUACUGUAUCAAAAUCAUAAGCAGGGGAAAUGUGAAAACGUUCAAAAAAGAAGAGAAUGACUAGAUCACCAAUAGAACAAGCCUCAUAUCCAUGAGCUGUACAGGCUCACAGUCCUAGCUUUAAAACAUGCUCCAGGUGGGAGUCUGCGAGAACCUAUCUAGUGGAGUCUUCAUGCUGGUUGUUCAGUUAUAAGCAUGUGAAAAAAAAUAAGUGUGCAUGUGCCAAAUGCUUUUGCCCAGUAAAGGAGGUUGCUAUUCAAAAUGAAUCCUAUCAAGAAGAACUUCAAAAUAUGAAUAUCUAGAUGGAAUAUUUUGCCAAGGCAUAAGUCUUAGUUAUCCUGCAUUAAAAGACUACAGAGGAUGAACACAAUAAUGUUAGGUUUGCUUAUAAGUUUAUUGGCACUGAUAGUCACUGAUUUCCCACGAGCAUGCAUGCACACGGGCAGGAAAUAUUCUCUGCUUGGCAGUGCUGGAAAGGAACUAAGUACAUUGACCCAAUUACAGAAGCUACUUAAGUGCAAUUUUGAGGAAUAUUCAGUGAAACAUCUCUAUUUUGUUAGGUAUUUUUAGUCAGAUAGAUAUUGGAUAGAUACUUUAUGUAUCA